CUUUCAACUGAGAAACGGAAGUAUAUUCUAUUUGACAACUGCUACAGUUGUUAAAUGGCAAAAGCAAUAGGAGACUAUUGUAGUACAUUAUCAAAGUAAUAUAUCUCUAUAAUGAAGCGAAGCUAACGUUUAUUUUCCACCGACGGAUUUCGGUGAUUUUGUUGUUAGUGAGUUUCAAUUGUUGAGUUAAAAAAGAGGAAAGUUUAAAAUGAGUUCAGAAGAUGUGCUCAAGAGUGCUUCAACACUGGCCUCUUAUAAUGUUCUGCUUCAGGUGAUGUUUCGAGUGUUGACUUUUCUCUUGAAUGCAUUUACUUUGCGGUUUGUGUCCAAGGAACUGAUAGGCGUGGUAAAUGUGAGGUUGAUGCUGCUCUAUUCUACAUUGGUGUUUCUGUCUAGGGAGGCGUUCCGGAGGGCGUGUCUAAGCAGCGAGGGGGCGGGGCGUAACUGGAGACAGGUCAUCAAUCUGUUAUGGCUCACAUUCCCUGUGGGUUGUGUGUGGGGUGUGCUGUUAGUGUGUGUGUGGUGGUGGGUGCUCCAGGCACCUGAUCCUCAGUCCAUCCCACAUUAUGUUCCCGCAGUUGGAUUGUUCUGCCUAGCUGCACUUACAGAGCUGCUGGCUGAACCCCUCUGGGUUCUUGCACAUGUGCACAUGUUCGUCCGUUUGAAGGUGAUUGCCGAAAGCUUAGCCAUGAUUGCUAAAUGUCUCGUCACUGUAGUGAUGGUGGUCUCAGCGCCUCAAUGGGGACUUUAUAUCUUCUCUGCUGCCCAGUGUGUCUAUGCAGGGUUUUUGUUGCUUUGUUACGUGUUAUACUUCAUCCAUUUCCUUGGCUCAGAGGAAGCAGAGCGUAAAUUGUUCCCUGUUAGUCACAUAACAGACCUUCUGCCAUCUCGAGUGGAUCAUGAGCCACUGUUAAACUGGAAGUUGACCACACUGACCUGGAGCUUUUUCAAACAGUCAUUUCUCAAACAGAUACUUACAGAAGGCGAGCGUUAUGUGAUGACGUUUUUGAAUGUGCUUACCUUUGGAGACCAAGGGGUUUAUGAUAUAAUAAACAAUCUGGGCUCAAUGGUGGCUAGAUUUCUUUUUUUGCCUAUUGAGGAGAGUUUCUACGUGUUCUUUGCUAAAGUGCUGGAGCGUGGACGAGAUGUACGACAUCAAAAACAAGAGGAAGUUUCCAUGGCGGCUGAAGUACUGGAAUGUCUUUUGAAGCUGGUGCUUUUGAUUGGUCUGAUCAUCGCAGUUUUUGGUUAUGCAUAUUCUCAUCUGGCACUUGACAUCUACGGUGGGGAGCUUCUGAGCAGUGGAGCCGGGCCGGCUCUGCUACGGUGUUAUAGUUGUUAUGUUCUGCUGUUAGCGAUUAAUGGAGUAACAGAGUGUUUUGUUUUUGCUGAGAUGAGCAAAGAGGAAGUCGACAGAUAUAAUCUGGUGAUGCUGGGCCUGUCAGCAUCAUUUCUUCUCCUUUCUUAUUGGCUAACCUGGAUGUUAGGUGGCAUUGGCUUCAUUUUGGCUAACUGCUGUAACAUGGCUUUACGAAUCACUCACAGUAUUGUUUACAUACAUGGGUAUUUUCUGCAAAGUGAAUACAGACCUCUGUGGGGGCUCCGCCCACAUUCUGCUGUCAUUAUUGCACUUGGCGUGAGCUCCAUCCUCACAGCCUGCUCAGAGAGCAUGUUCUGCUGUGAUGAUGGCUGGUUGCUAAGGCUGGUUCACAUUGCCGUGGGGGCAGUUUGUCUCCUGGGUGUGGUUGUCACAGUAUAUUUUACAGAAACAAGACUUGUGCAGUUUGUUAAGACUCAGUUGUUAUCGAAAUACAGCAAGAAACAUACAUGAGCUUUUACUUGAAAGCUGCUAAUGCUUAAACCUCACUGAUGUCAUGGACCAGAAAUCUUAAUAAACAGAAAUAAAUAUUAUGUGUACAUUUUCACAAACAUAUUUUGUUUUCUUGAACAUUUUUCCAUUUUUGUUGCAGAAGAUGCAGUACUUCUAUGUUCAGUUUUGGUUAUGAUAUCAAAAGUAGUUCACUAAGAUACUGAUGGUUUGAAGGUUCAUAUUCACACAGGGCAUAUCUUAUAGAAUAUUUUAUUGAUUGAUUAAAAAAAAAGACAUACAGAGAAUAUUGCAAUGUGAUGCAAAUAUAUCAAGGGGUCCUCCAGUAUGUAACUACUGCUCCAAAGUGCAUGUCUGUCCUUCAUCACUAUGAAAUACUACAAAUGCAAUAAGAUUCAUCUUUUGAACAGUAAUGCUUAUU